CCAAUUAACACGCAAUAAUUUCUGCGAAAGAAUCCUUUCCUCACCUCAGAGACAAAACCUAAAGUAAUUCUGUGGAGUUAUGAAGGGGAGAAUUACCAGAGAUGCCUUCGUCUCCUAAGUUCCUCUACCCUCGCCAGCAAUGGCUUUUUUACAACCAACGAUCUUCUCUUCUUAUCUGUUGUCUUCUCAUCGGAAUCACUGGUUUUUCUUUCGGAUUAGUCCUCAUCCUGAGGUUCAGCUCUGGGUAUAUAUGUAGGAAUGCUGAACCUAGAUCUGUCUCUGUUGUUUGGGAGAGGAAUAUCAUCAGUAACGGUGGCAUCGGCGAUGGGAGUCCUUCUGCUUCAGAUGGAGAUCAGAACAGACAUAAGGUGAUGGGAUUUGUUGGAAUUCAGACUGGUUUUGGAUCUGGUGGAAGGAGAAAAUCGUUGCGGCAGACUUGGAUUCCUUCUGAUCGCCAAGGUCUUCAACGUUUGGAAGAGACCACUGGUUUGGCUUUUAGAUUUGUGAUUGGGAGAACCAGUGAUCGAUCAAAGAUGGCAGAGCUUAGACAAGAGGUGGCAGAAUAUGAUGACUUCUUGUUGCUAGAUAUUGAGGAGGAGUACAACAGACUUCCAAAUAAAACGUUAGCUUUCUUCAAAGCUGCAUAUGGACUUUUUGAUUCUAAGUUCUAUGUUAAAGCUGAUGAUGACAUAUAUUUGAGGCCAGAUCGUCUUUCGUUACUCUUGUCAAAGGAGCGCUCUCACACUCAAACUUACCUUGGUUGCAUGAAAAAGGGUCCAGUUUUGACUAACCCAAAACUCAAAUGGUAUGAGCCUCUAUCUUACUUGCUAGGAAAGGAGUAUUUUCUUCAUGCUUAUGGACCUAUAUAUGCUCUUUCUGCAGAGGUCGUUGCAAACAUGGUUGCUUUAAAAAAUGACAGCUUCCGGAUGUUCAGCAAUGAGGAUGUCACAAUUGGUUCAUGGAUGCUUGCAAUGAAUGUCAACCAUGAGGAUAGUCGACUACUUUGUGAACCCAAGUGCACAUCAUCAUCCAUUGCUGUUUGGGACAUUCCUAGAUGCUCAGGGCUCUGCAAUCCAGAAAAGAAAUUAUUAAGACUUCAUGGGCAGGAGAUUUGCUCAAAGAGUCCAACUGUGUUUUCUGCUGAGUAAAGGUCAUACCUCUGUAUCUAGUAGAAUGAUGAGAUGCUACUGGAGAAAGAAAACGAGGAUGCACUAAUAUAUCUUAUGCUUGCAUUCAAACUGCCAUUUUUAUAUUGCUAUUCUUUCAAGGGGUUUUCCUUUUCAUCCCCUC